AUGGGUUGGAAGGUUGACUUGUCCAUCUCUUAGCACAAAUUGGAUUGCUCAUGGCACUUAAUCUGAUUCUGAUCGAAGUUUUCUAUUGCAUUUCUAAGGCUUUCAAGCUCCUCGUCAGCUGAGCACCUGCAGCUUCUUUCACUGUGUGUGUUGUUUUGUUGGUUGAUGGAGCAAGCAGCAUCAGAAAGCAAGUGAGAACUGACUGGUGGCCUUGUUCGCUUACGUCAAGACCGUCGAGGAAUUCGUUUAGGUGAACAUUUCAAGGCGGCUUUUGAUCAUGCGAUCCUUCUUGAAGGCCUUGUUGAGUGCCGCCGAAAAAGCGGCCUUGAUUGCCCGAGCUUGUCGCAAAGAAAAGGAUCUCUUCAAACUCCUCAUUGAGGAAAAAGUGGGUGACGAUAAAAAUGCCAAGUUUACCGUGGACUUCAAAACCUUGGCCGAUGUGUUGAUCCAAGAGACGAUUCGGCAUGAUCUCAGUCUACAAUAUCCGGGAUUGGCCGAAAAUAUCAAGGGCGAGGAAAGCAACAUGUUUACCAACACACUCAAUGAGACCAUCAAAGUGAAGGUUGGUGACACGGAGCAAGAGACCUCGGCCCUUUUGUACAAGGUCCUGGAUCGCAAUCAAGUGGCCGCGGAUCUCCUAUCCAAACAGGUCCAUUUCGACACGUCCCAGUUGUCGGAUGACGUCCAAGCGGAUCUGAAGCAGGUCCCUGAUUCGAACUUCAACGUGGACGGUCUCGGGAUCUGGAUCGAUCCCAUUGAUUCCACCAAUAACUACAUAACGGGAUGUUCCCAAGUGUCCCGAGCCGUGAUUGGAGAUCAAGAGAUCGUGUCCAAGGGUCUCCAAGUGGUCACCGUGCUCAUCGGCGUAUACGACCGUCACACGGGGGAACCAGUCAUAGGGAUUGUUCACCAACCGUUUGCCGAACACAACGAGGAGACCAACUCUUGGCGAGGACAGGUGUAUUGGGGGGUGAACUAUCAAGGAGAGCGAUAUCACUCCAGCAGCCUCAAGUCCUGCUCCCCCAAAGAAAGUGGCCCGACCAAUUUUGAAGACACACACCGGAUCAUAGUCAGCUCCACCGAGCCCCCCUCUCUCACCGACAAACUGAAGGACAAGUUUGUCCUUCUGCUAUGGGAGGUGAUUGUCCUUUCAGGUGCCGGUUACAAGUUGCUUUGCGUCGCCCGGGGAUGGGCCAAGUAUUACAUCACGGAAAGGGCCUCCACUUAUCGGUGGGACUCGUGCGCUCCGCAUGCCAUAUUGAGGUCCCUGGGCGGAGGCUGCUUGAACUAUUCUCAGCGUGGAAACAAGACCGAGGUCAACUAUGACAAACCCAAUGACGGUGUGGUGGCCGGGAUUGCCCAGUGGAGCAAUGCUGGAGGGCUGCUGGCCUACCAGAGCCAGACAGAUUUGGACACUAUUUUGACACAUUUGGACGGCUAGUUUGGCUUUGAGUGUAUCGUUGGUGGUAUUAUUAUUGUACGUCUACUGUGCAGGCAGUAGUUCUAAAAUUCUGAUAAAACAAAAAUAGAUUACUUGUGAAGAAACAAAGACCAUUGCCUUCCUUAUACAAUAAAAUUAUAAAAACAUGUA